UGCUACUUGGGUACUGAUCCCAACUCACGCUAUAGUCAGUGACUUAAUCACCUCGAAUAUAUUCCCAAAUUCUCAGCAAGCGACCCGGAAAAAAAAUUUAAAAGCCACCGCAGCGUAUCGCCAAUCUUCAUUCAUUUAGGAGUCGUUCAUUGACACAGCAGCAAAUCCAAAUAGUUCUUGAUCCUAUUUUCAGUGCUGCUUCGAACGGGUUUCAAUCGUUUCCAUAGUGGUCAGCGAGUAAGUGACGUGAAAUCGGAAAACAAGCGCUGCCCAGAAAAUGAUCCAGUUGUUUGCAUUGGUGGUGCUUUCGGUGCCGGUCGCACUCUGCAGCGGAAUCGUGGUGCAAACUGCUCCGAAGUCCGCCUUCGUCUCGGAGGGUCAUCGAAAUCUCAAUCUGCUGUGCGAAAUACCCGGAAGUCAACCCAUAGAUUUCUGCAUCGUGAAAGUUCCGGGAGUUGCUGCUCCGUUCGCCGCCAGCGAACGACUGCCGGCUCCAGUGCAGGGAGUCACCUACUUCGGCAGGGGUUGGAGUAAGGGGUCCUGUGGAGUGACGUUGGCCGAAAUCGAGAAGAAAUACGAGGGCACGUUCGAGUGCGUUCUAUCCGUCGCAGGGCAAACCCAUAAGGGCUCUAUCGAUAUCGCGUUCAAAGUUGCUCCCGAGCCCCCGGUAAUCGAGGUGUCCAGCAACGUGGACGAUAGCAACGGUGAGUUCGAUUUCGGAAAACCACUGGUCGCUAAGUGUGCCGCUCGUAAUGGAUGGCCAGCUGCGAAGCUUUCGUGGAACCUGGAUGGGAAGCCCGUCGCCGUCACCGAGCUGGGAGCUGCUUUCACAGAAGUGGUUAAUCAGAGGGCAACCGUUGAGCAGUUCUACCGGAAACCGAUAGCCGUCGAGGAUAACCGAAAGCGGCUGGUGUGCCGCGCUGAGCACGAACUGUACCCGAAUGGGUUCAUGGAAGUCGCGUUGCCAAUCAAACUGAGAAGAACGAACAGCGAUGCAAACCUCAUUCAAAAGGACGCCUCCAAAGAUAUUGAAGUGAAACCAUCCGCGCCUGCAUUGAUAGUUUCAAGCGAUGUCCAAACUAGUGAAGGAUCCUUCAAAGUUGGAUCAAAUUUGGUUGUAGAAUGCGUUUCCAGGGAUGGUAAACCAGCUGCAAGUUUUCUAUGGUUCUUAGAUGACCAGCUGAUCUACGAGGGUCUGUCGACACCAUUCUUGACGCAAAGCUCCCGGGGAACAAUUUCCACGCAGCAAGUACUACAGCGAGUUGUGAAAGCAAGUGACAACGGCAAGACGCUCAUCUGCAAAGCACGACAUCCGGGUGGUACGAGCGAAACGCGUCUCAAAUUGGAGACAUACGGCUAAAAAGAUAAAGUGAUAAAAUACAUUUUUACUUUGACGGAUUUUAUGUAAAGGAAAUUGUAGUUGAUAAAUGAAUAACAGUUUUCGUA